CUUAAAUUCUUAAUUAUGCUCAUAAAAGAAGUUUAAAAUUUGAGUGACUAAAAAAAAGUUUUAUUAGAAGUGAAAAACAUGGCUGCAAGCUUGGAAUUGAAGUAAGGGUUAAUUUAAAAAUCAAAGUAAAUUAAGAUAAUAAUUAUUAUUAGUUUAGAAUUAAAUUUUAGAAACAUAUUGUAAUGAAGUAAGAGCUGAAAGUCAAAAUGGAGAGAGAGUGAAAAUAACUUUUUUUUAAAAUUAAUAGAAUCAAUUUGAUAUUCAUUUGAAAGAUAAUUAGUUUUAGAACAUGGUAAAAUGCCAGAAUAUCUCAAAUAGAUAAGGAUCUUGGAAAAUUUUCAAGCUAUAACCCUAAAAUUAAAGAAAAU